UAAGACAGACAGUCAAACGUUGAACACGGAAACUCAGAGUUUGUCUUUUUUUCAACGGAGGGAGUAAGCUACUUCCCUACAAAUAGGAGGCCUUACACGGUCAUCCAGCAAUAACAAAAGCUAACGCCGGAAUUGUGUCGUGUGAUUUCGGGAACGUACGACGCCGCGCCGGCCGGUGAUCGAUGGCGGCGGUGCGCGGGGUUGGGCUAGCGUCGUCGCUCCUCCUCCUCAUCAUCAUCAUCGUGUCUGCACCGCACCUCCUCCUCGCAUCGCUCCCGCCCCGCGAUGCGUCCGCCGCCGCGUCGGGGUCGACGACGACGGCAGCGGCGGCGGCGACGACGCCCGUAGCGGCGUCAAGCUUUCCUUCAGAAGAAGCUGAUCAUGGCAAGAAGCUCCUGCACGACCACGGCGAAAGUGCAACUAGUAAUUCUUACGAUGUCGUCCCAUUUCAACCGCACUGCUGCAGCAACCACGACUUACCAGGUCAACUGCGGGCGGUCAAGUACAGGGUUCUGUGCGGCAAUCAUCCUGGGCCAUGCCCACACCCAAAAACACACAAGGACAUUCGCUUUUAAUUCUCGAUUUCACAACCAAAGUAUGUAUCGUGUUCACCUUGUUUCACUAAAAGGGUGUGUAGCUAGCACAAGCUUUUCAGUUUGCAACUGAUGAGCAUUUGUUGAAAUAAAGUCUCACUUUGCACCAGAUUAGUUUGAUCAUGACAGAACUUAUAUGAAAUUUCAUCAAAAAAUGUUAUGAAAACUUUUGCAAAUCGAUCGGAACUGUGAAUAACAAUUA